AUGUCAGCGAAGAAAGUUACGUCAUGGCUGUGGUCCAAUCCCGUGUCUGGAGAUGGUGACGUAAGUGAACAUUCGUUGCAAUCGAAAACUACCUCGAAAAGUAAAACGAAGGAGUCAAAAAAGGCGAGUGCCAAUGCGUCAGAGCAAAACAAGACGAAAGACACUACAAGUACUGGUCAUGGCAACGAAACCAGCAAAAAGUCACAGGAAUCUGGGUCGUCGUCGAGAAAGAGCGAAAAGGUCAAUUCGAAAAAGAGACGAUUGGCAGACGAAUUUGAUCAACAAUCCUCAAGCAAAGCUAAGAAAAACAAGACGAAACAGUCCGUAAACGAUGAGCAGAUGAAAAGAACAACAAAUGAAGACAAAACACCGAAGACCCCCAAACGUGCCGCUCCUCUUUCUUUACCAAGGACUCCGAAAGGAUUGUCGGCUUUAGCUGACGAUGUUCGAUAUUCUUUUGCUCUAGAAAGUGAGUGCGACACGGGGAGCGCAACAAAAAACAUGGCGAAUCCACUGAAACAGAAAGGAUUCCUUUCGCCCUUCAAUAAACCUCGUAAAAGAUUGACAAGCUCCAAAACGCCGAAACCACAAGUGAAAAAACUUUCGUCUACCCAAACGACCGAAACGAUAGAGCCAAACUCUAAAGAAAGAAAAUUUCUAGACAGCGGUAAAAUGAGCUUAGAUGCCCUGUUAAACGAUAAAAAUAUAAAUUGGUAG